GCCACAGUUCACUUCGGGAUGUAGUGUCCGCCGCGUUGCAUUAUGGAUUGUUAAGGUGCGCAAUGCACCAUGGUAGAACACAUGUCAGAGAUCCGCCAUCUUGUAUUAAAUGUGGAAGACCACGAGUCUGUUUCUUUUUGCUUUGUUCCUUGCCGAACACCACAUUCUGGCGACGAGGAUGGGAUCAACAACUGGAUAAACACAUACUGAAGUUAAAUCUGUCAAAAAAAAGCCGGUAUGGCGUCUGUUUAUCAGGAUUACCAACGCCAAAAGCCUUCGACUGCAUUGGCGAACCAGCCACGCUGGAACAAAGAUGGACAAUCUGGAAGUCCGAAUUUGAGCUCUACUGCACUGCAUCUGGCAUCAAAGACUCGAAACAACAACGAGCAAUACUUCUUCACCUAGCAGGAGCUGGAAUACGAGAAAUUUUUCACGCUUUUACGGCUGAACAACAGGGGGAGGACUAUAAAACAGCCAUGGACUCCCUCACUCAACACUUCAAACUCAAAAAAAACGUACCGAUGGCCAGGCAAGCCUUCUUGACAGCGGUACCAAAACCCGGUGAGAGGAUUCAUCAAUUUGCAAUUAGACUGCAAACCCUUUGCGAACACUGCGAGUACAACGACCAAAAGGACAGUCAAAUUCGAGAUAGAAUUUUGACCUUCAUAUUGGAUAAACCCCUCAAAGCAAAACUCUUUCGUGAGGAAGGUCUGACUCUCAGCAAGCUCCUGGAAAUUGUCAACACGUACCAUGACAAAGAAGCACUAGUUCUUGUGCCAGAUCAAGGUGGUGUUAACCAAUUGAGAGUACAACAGAAGCCUGACAGUGCUGGUCCCAAGUUUGAUGGCAGAUGUCAUCGUUGCAAUAAGCAGGGUCAUAAAGCUGCUGACUGCAGAUGUAGCCAAAAUCACCAAUGUGAAAAAUGUGGGAAAAUUGGACAUUUCAAGGUCUGCUGCAAAUCAAAGCAGACAUCUGGAAAAGCAAAGUCUGCAAGUGGACCAAAAUCAAAGGGCAGGAAGCCAUCUCAUGUAAGACAAGUGGAAGCUGUUGAUGUUCAAGAGACUGAUAGCGAAGAGGAAGAAGAUGUUUUUAAUGUAUUCUGCACGCACACAGAGUCACCGCCUGGUACUAUGGAGAUAUCUAUUGGAGGUGUUAUACAGAAUGUCAUCAUUGAUUCGGGUGCAAGCUGUAACCUUAUGUCAGAAAGGACAUUCAAUGACUUAUCAAAAGGAGACAUUGUUUUGAAGCCAAGUAGCAAGCAAAUUUUUGCAUAUUCGUCUAGUGAUGCUUUAAAUCUUAAGGGUAGUUGUAUGCUUAAUGUGCAUGUACCAGAAACAAAUGUGGAUAAGCGCGCAAAGUUUUUCAUUGUCUCUGGAAAAGCGUCAACUUUGUUAGGUCGUGAAUUAUCUGAAGCUCUAGGCAUACUCAAAGUAGGAGUUCAGGUUAAUAGUUGUAGCUCAGAUUUCUCAGCUAUAAAUACUCAGUUAAACAGCAAAGCAGCGCUUAAGGCCAAAUUUCCUAAUGUUUUUCAUGGUUUGGGCAAGCUUAAAGGUUUUAAACUCAAGUUACAUAUUGAUCAGAAUAUUAAGCCAGUAGCACAACCAUUGCGUAGGAUUCCUUUUAGUCGCAGGCAGAAGGUCGCUGACAAGUUAGAGGAACUUGAGAAGCUUGGUGUGGUGGAAAAGGUAAACAGUCCUACAAGUUGGAUCAAUCCCCUUGUGGCAGUCGAAAAGCCAAAUGGAGAUGUUCGCAUUUGUUUGGACAUGCGCCAGGCCAAUCAGGCUAUCUUAAGAGAAAGACACCCAGUACCUACUAUGCAAGAAACCCUACAAGAAAUCUCAGAUGCAAAGAUUUUCACCAAAUUGGAUUUAAACAUGGCUUUCCAUCAAAUCGAGUUAUCCCCAGAGUCCCGAGACAUAACUACUUUCGCAGCGCCAACAGGUUUAUAUCGCUACUGUCGAUUGCUCUUCGGUGUGAACAUGGCUACCGAGAAGUUCCAGAACCUGAUAUGGCAAGUUUUGAAAGACUGCCCUGGAGCCUUCAACAUGCAUGACGACAUUCUUAUAGUGGGUAGGAACCAAAAGGAGCAUGACGAGAACCUGGAAAGAGCUGUCCAAAAGCUGCAAGACAGCGGGCUCACCCUCAACUAUGAGAAAUGUGUGGUAGGAGCCUCGAGUAUGGAUUUCAUGGGAGACACCAUUUCUGCAGAUGGUCUUAAGUUAUCUGACAAAAGAGUCGAAGCAAAUUGUCGAGGCACCUGCACCAACCAACCAAUCAGAGUCCUAGGUCCAACGUCUAAACCCCCGUCUGCUAGGAUUGAACGCUGGCUGUUGUACCUUCAGCAAUUCAGCUAUGUGGUCAGGCACAUUUCCGGAAAGGAAAAUUCAGCCGACGCCCUGAGUCGUUUACCAGUUGGUCCAGUACAGACAGCUGAUUCUAAAGCAACCAGCGAGUAUGUGUUUAGCACUGCAAAGGCCGCAGUACCUGUCGCCAUGACCCCAAAGCAUGUAGAGGUUGUUUCAGAGAAGGACCCAACCCUUAUUCUGGUACGCGAAGCAAUUAGAAGUGGAGACUUCACCCGCCUCACAGGUACCUUGUACAAAGCAGUGUCAAAGGAGUUGUGGAUUGCCGGACAAUUAGUGAUGCGUGGAAACCGAAUUGUGCUACCAGAAUCCCUAUGGAAGCAAGCAAUUAUUUUAGCUCAUGAGGGACACCAAGGAAUGGUGCGCACAAAAUCCCGCCUGCGAAGCAAACUAUGGUGGCCGCAGAUGGAUGCACAGGCUGAACAGUUCAUCAAGGCCUGCUACCCCUGCCAGCUAGUUGGACCACGUGGCAAACCGGAACCUGUUCGAUCAACAGAACUACCUGAAGAACCAUGGGAGGACCUCGCCACAGAUUUGACUGAGAUACCUGGAGGAAACCACUUGCUGGUAGUUGUGGAUAACUACUCCAGAUGGCCAGAGGUAGUACUCCUUAAGAAAACCGAUGCGCCACACGUCAUCACGGCAUUGGAGGGAAUAUUCACAACACAUGGCAUACCAUACACGGUUCGCAGCGACAACGGACCGCCCUUUGCCUCGAAAGAAUUUGAGAAUUUCUUAGAGUUCUUAGGCAUAGAACAUAAGAAAGGAAUUCCAUAUUGGCCACAGAGCAACGGCGAAGUGGAACGAUGUAACAGAACAAUUCUUAAAGUGAUUCGGAUAGCAAACUUGCAAGGAAAUGAUUGGAAGAAAGCGCUUGAUGAUUUCCUUUUUCAGUAUCGCACAACAAACCAUGCCGCAACUGGAUGCUCGCCAGCCGAACUCCUAAUGGGAAGGCAGCUCCGAGACAAGCUACCUAGUGUAAAGAUUCCGAAGGAUAGAGCGACAGAGUCAGAGUGGCAACACAAACUUAGGGACAGAGACGCUCUAUCAAAACUCAGACAGAAAGAGUAUGCUGAUGCUAGAAGACAUGCUGAGCCAAGUGGAAUUGAUGAAGGCGAUGAAAUACUGCUGCGACAGACUCGCCGCGAGAACAAACUCUCUCCAGUUUUUGAGCCUGAAGCUUACAAGGUUUUGCAGAAGACAGGUAAUGCAGUUGUACUGGAGGAUUCUGAUGGAAAUAGGAAGAUGAGGAAUGUAGCACAAAUGAAGAAGUUCAUCAAACCACAGGAAGCAGUCGCCGCAGACAUGCUGCCUACUCCACCUGAAAUCGCGCAGGAACACCAAACCGCACCUGAGACCCAGAACCAGUCCACACUUGAUUGUACAGCUGAAAUGCCAGCGUCUCCUGGUUCUCUAGCCAAUCAGCGACCUGCGCGCACUAGGCAACAACCUGUUCGCUUUAAGGAUUAUGUGCUACAAUAAGUUUUGUUAGUUUUAUUUUUCUUUUCAGUUUACAUACAUGCGUAGGACCCCUACUAUAGCUGUUAUAGUUAUUUAGCUCCUAGUAUGGACUUUAAUGCUAAGUAAGGGGGGGAUGUAGUGUCCGCCGCGUUGCAUUAUGGAUUGUUAAGGUGCGCAAUGCACCAUGGUAGAACACAUGUCAGAGAUCCGCCAUCUUGUAUUAAAUGUGGAAGACCACGA